AUGUUUCGUCAAUUAUUGCCAGUUAGUUACACGGACGUACGUGAUCUUACGCUAGAGGAGUUUGGCUCAGAGAUGCACGGAAUAAGCCGAAAUGGACACAUUUCGAGUGGAAACCGUGAAGUGAAUGUUUCGUCAAUUAUUGCCAUUAGUUACACGGACGUACGUGAUCUUACGCUAGAGGAGUUUGGCUCAGAGAUGCACGGAAUAAGCCGAAAUGGACACAUUUCGAGUGGAAACCGUGAAGUGAAUGUUUCGUCAAUUAUUGCCAGUUAG